UUCUUCCUGAGUGGAAAUCAAGUCUCCUUUUGCUUCCAAUUCGCUUCAUCAUCUCUCUUAUCCCUAAACUUAAUUUUUCUUCAAAAAAAAAAAAAAAACAAAAACAAACAAAAGAUCCAAUGAAGAAGAUCAAUCUCAUACUUAGGAAAUGCAAAAGCUUUUCGAGACAACUAGGACGAUCAUCUUCAUAUAGCAGCCUAAGGUCGAAAUCGGUUAGGGAAGAUCAUCAACUAUGGGAUAAAAUGAGAGAAGAUAAUCAACAUUGGGAAACAAUUUAUGUUGGGAGUACCAGGAAACGUUAUGUGGUUAGUUCCAAGUACCUUAACCAUCCUUUGUUGAAUGCGUUGAUCGAGAGGUCGAAACAGAAGCAUGGAGGGGAAGACAUAUUGGUGAAAUGUGAGGUAGUUGUGUUUGACCAUCUUUUAUGGAUGCUUGAGAAUUCAGAUCCAAAUCUCAUUUUGGAUUCCUUGGAAGAAUUGGCUGACCUUUAUGUGUUUUGAAUCAGCAGCUAAUAUAUAUAUAUAUAUAUAUAUAUAUAUAUAUAUGCUUCUUUUUUUUUUUAAUAUUUUGAUCUUGUUUUAUAAGAUAAAGGAAAACACGAUCAAGUAAUAUUCGUGUAACAUGCUUAACUCCUUAUGAUGAUUCAGAGU